AUGUCGCAAUUAGUCAAGUCCUCCUACGGUAAAGCCAACGUCAAGUUCCUCAAGGUGAAGAAGGACCGGCAAAACCCGAAGAAGCAAGAAGUGAUCGAGGCCAACGUCAUGGUGUUGUUGCGCGGCGGCUUCGACGAGCUGUACACCAAGGCCGACAACUCGCUGAUUGUGCCUACCGACACCGUCAAAAACACCAUUUUGGUGGAAGCGAAGACCUCCGAAGUGUGGCCGUUGGAAAGAUUCGCCGCCCACUUGGCCAAGCACUUCACCGAGAAAUACAGUCACGUGGACGGCGUCGAGGUGCUGAUCAUCCAGCAGAGAUGGUCAAAAUACCCGUUGUCUAACGGCAAAGUGCACGACCACUCGUUCAAGCACGAAGGGCCCGAGACCAAGCGCAUCCACUUGGACUACGACAAGCGGUCGGGCAAAUUGGUGCUCACCGCGGGGAUCAAGGACUUGACGGUGCUCAAGCUGACGGGGUCGAUGUUCUACGGCUUCCACGAAUGCGACUACACCACGUUGAAGCCCACUACCGACAGAAUCUUGUCCACCGACGUUGAUGCUACUUGGGAGUUCGACCCCAAGGCGUUGCCCGACUUGAACUCGGUGUUCCAGGCCGCCGACAAGGGUCUCUUUGAUUACACUUACAACACCGCCCGCCAGGUCACCUUGGAGUUGUUUGCCUUGGAAAACUCGGCGUCGGUGCAAGCGACGAUGUACAACAUGUCGGCCGAGAUCCUCGCCAAGGUGCCCGAGGUGAAGGAGGUGUCGUACGCGUUGCCCAACAAGCACUACAUCUUGUUCAACUUGGAGUGGAAGGGGAUCAAGGACAACGACGACUUGUUCUACCCGGCGUCGGACCCCAACGGGUACAUCAAGUCGACGGUGGGGAGACAGGGCGCCAACGCCAAGCUCUAG